AUGAAGGUUAAAGUCAAUAAAGUAGUCAAACAAACCGGUAAUGCCGUCAAACAUAUUUCAUUAUUCAAUGAUGGUAAUUUGGAAGAGAAUAUACGUUUGAUUGAUAAAAGGGAUCAGGAAAUUGAAACGAAAAAUGGUAAAUAUGUAGACACCUUCAAAAUGGAAGUAGAAAAUGAUAAGGAUAACAUUGGAAUCAAAGAUUUAGAUAUGAUAUUGGAGACGGAAAAUCCACCAUCAACCAACAUUGUCAAAGUUCCACGACACUUACACGUACACGGCUCAAUAGAAUCGAGCAGUCACGAGUUUUUACGAACAACAGACUUUGAAUACGUAAAACUGUAUUUCGCUUUAGGUGAAAAAUACACCUCAAUCGAUGUUCAUAAAAGUCAACAAGAAAGAGAGUUUAUAGCGCAUUUAUCGUUUGCCGAAGACUCCAUCCUUGAAGGUGGUGGUUAUAUUUUUAGAGCCAAGAUAAACAUCGAAAAGAAAAAAUAA